AUGAAUGACAGCCUGUUUGUCAGUUUGGACAGACUUUUGCUAGAGUUCGUUUUCCAGUAUGAGCAAGACAGAAGUACUAAAGAAGAUAUGAUUCAACGAAUUAACAAAUGCUUUGAAGAUAUUAAAGAAAACAAAGCAACUAUUUGUAAGAUACACGAAAAUAUAAAUACAACGGAUGAGGAAAUUGGUCAUUACUGUAAACAUAGUAAGGAGAUCAAAGACAGCUGUAGUAACUGGAAGCCAGCAUGUGAUGUUUUUCAUAAACACGAAGAUUAUAUGCAAGAACAAUUUACUAUUUGUCAAGAAACUACUGAAAAAGACAAAAAAAUGUAUCAUGAUCAUAUAUGCCAGUAUAAAGAGGUUUUGAAGCAGUAUCAACUAAAGUAUUCAGAAAAACCUUUUUCACGUGAAUAUUUUGAGAAGAAAACAGAACAUGAAGAAAUUCAAAACAGAGUGUUGGCAUGUACUGAACAACUAAAAAUGAAUGAAACUAUUUUUAUGGAAUUUCUAGUGCCUGCUCCCUUUCCAUCACUUACUAAAUGGACAUUACACAUGGUUGAUUUGAAACGUAAAACACAAGAUAUUCUUAAACAUGCCAGCAAUUUCACCAAAAGUUCAUCUGAAUGGAAGAAAGAAGUAGAUGAAGUGGAAAUUGAAAUUAAUUAUUUAAACCAGAAGAUUACAAGACUUUAUGAAACUAAGAAUCUUUCGGAGACUAUGGAAGAAAAGAAUAAAAAUAAAGAAAAAGGAAAGGAAUUGAAAGAAAGAAUUUUUGAAAAUGAUGAACAUGCACCUGUUUUGAGUAAAAACCCUCAAAACACUCAACUACUUCUUCCUUAUGAAUCUCAGAAUCUAGUCAGAUCAAUAAAAAUGCAUCCUUCAGAACCAAGAGUUACAGGUAAAAAAGAAGAAAGUUCUGUGAACCAGUCAAAGCUUGCCAAUAUUGACUUCAGACAAAAAGAAAAUGAUACACAUGUAUUUAAUGACCCUGCUGUGAGUAGCCAUUUAAAAUGUUCACAUGUUCCAGCUAUUAAAAAUUCACAAAAUUUUAUGCAAUUCAGAUUGUUAACUCCACAGAAACAAUCAAAUUGCAGUCAGUGGUUUGGAAAAGGAGAUGGAGAUGCUGAAUGUGGAGAUAAAGGCACAGUAAGACAAUUAAGAGAAUCAAAAUGUACUUCACAGGCUAUAUUUACAGAACAUUUUGAGAAGCCAAAAGAAAAUAAUAAUGAUGAAACUGAAGAAAGGACUGAAAAUUUUCAAGGAACUCCUGAAAUUCCUAUAUUUUUGAGAACUCCUGAAGUUGUGAAAACACCUGAAUCUUUGGAGAAAUUACAGUUUCCAAAAACCCCCUCAUUUGAAAUUAACAGAAAUAGAAAUACAGUACCUGAAGGUCAAGCACAAAAGGAAUCCCCUGGAUUUUCUUUUCUUAUGAAUUAUUCUUCUCAGUCACCUGGAUUGAAUUUAUUUGAUCCUUCUAUAUUUGAUUCAGAAAUCCCAUCAGAUCAGUUUAGUGAACAUUAUUCUCUAGGAAAUUUAAAUCCUCUCUCAUCACAACAAGAAAUUGGAAACUUAUUUGGGAAACCUGAAGAAGAUGCUUUUACAUUUUCUUUUCCAUCAGACUCUUCAACUCAUACAUUUGGAGCUGGAAAAGAUGAUUUUAGUUUUCCAUUUUCAUUUGAACAGGAUAAAAACUCAGCACAUACUUCCUCUUUAAAAGGUUUUUCAUCUUCCUCACAAAGUACAACACAAUUUACUUUUUUUUGA